UACUCCUUUAAAGCUGCAUCACCGAGGCGAAACGGCGACCUCAGUCGAUUACCUUUCUUUCCUUUGCUAUCCCAUGGAUAUUCACUGCAAAGCAGACCCCUUCUCAGCGAUGCACCGGCACGGCGGUGUGAACCAGCUCGGUGGGGUGUUUGUGAACGGCAGACCCCUCCCGGACGUGGUGAGGCAGCGGAUCGUGGAGCUGGCCCACCAGGGCGUCCGGCCCUGCGACAUCUCCAGACAGCUACGGGUCAGUCACGGCUGUGUCAGCAAAAUCCUCGGCAGGUACUAUGAAACCGGCAGUAUUAAACCUGGAGUCAUUGGUGGCUCCAAACCAAAGGUUGCAACUCCGAAAGUGGUGGAAAAAAUUGCAGAGUACAAGCGUCAGAAUCCCACUAUGUUCGCUUGGGAAAUAAGGGACCGACUACUAGCUGAGGGCGUCUGUGAUAACGACACAGUUCCCAGCGUUUCAUCCAUCAACAGGAUUAUCCGCACCAAGGUCCAGCAGCAAUUCCACCCAUCCCCCGAUGGAUCUGUUACACCUCUCUCCACGCCCGGCCAUACCAUAGUGCCCAGCACAGCUUCCCCGCCUGUGACCAGUGCCUCCAAUGAUCCCGUAGGAUCCUACUCCAUCAACGGCAUUCUGGGUAUCCCUCGCUCCAACGGUGAGAAGAGGAAACGAGAUGAUGUUCUCUGGAGUGGCAACCACUUGGAUGGAAGGAAAAUAGGACAUUAUGGCUCUGAUGGCUCAGGACCAGGCAGCGACUCUCAGGGCAGUGUGGAAAGUUUAAGGAAGCACCUUCGCGCAGACGCUUUCACCCAGCAACAGCUUGAGGCCCUGGAUCGCGUGUUUGAAAGGCCAUCUUAUCCGGAUGUCUUCCCCACUUCAGAACACAUUAAACCUGAACAGGUUUGGCACAGAUUCAUCUCUACACUGAAAUUUGCGAAUGAGUACUCCCUCCCAUCUCUAAAUGCCGGCCUGGAGGAUGUGAAGCCGAGCCUCUCCACUAGUGCCAGCUCCGACCUCGCCUCCAGUGUCUCCCAGAGCUACUCUGUUGUGACAGGUCGAGACAUGCCCAGCACCACCUUACCUGGCUACCCGCCUCAUGUUCCCCCCACCGGACAAGGCAGCUACCCCACCUCCACACUUGCUGGAAUGGUUCCUGGAGGGGACUUUUCUGGAAACCCUUACUCUCAUCCACAAUAUACAACUUACAAUGAAGCUUGGCGGUUCAGUAAUCCAGCAUUACUAAGUUCCCCUUAUUAUUAUAGUGCCGCAUCCCGUGGCUCCGCACCUCCCACUGCUGCCACUGCCUAUGACCGCCACUAGUUACCCUGGAGACCAGCUCAAACUGCAGGGCCAGAGCUUCGGCCUCCAUAUUGUCCCUGUCUGAGAAACAGUGAGGUGAAAGGGAAGCAAGGUGGAAUCCCCCGUCAUCUUACGUGAUGUGGAGGAAGGAUGGACAAGGUCGGCCCAGCGUGUUCAAACUUUGGGUCAGAGGUGCCCAUGGGCGUUUGGAGCUCACCUGUCAUGCCCUUAUGCUCUUACAGGCCUGAACAUUUCCAGAAUGACUU